UCCUGCCUAGUUCAACACCUCGAACAAGUCAGCAAGCAGCAACCUGAACGGUCGACCGGUUAGCCAAGCCCACCCUCCCUGUGAGCCUUUGCUGCUCGCUCCACCCUCUCUACUAAUGCGCGUCUGAUCCAGACCCAAACGACGACAACAAUCUCUUGGCCAGAAUUGGCUAUAUCAUAUUUCUCCAAUUCAUCUCUAUCCGAAUUACCUCCUUAUCAUCUUCAACAACAACUUCCUGAAAUUGUUGUCCCCUUUCAUCGUUACCGCCCGCACGCCAUGGAUCAAUGGCAGGGCUAUUCCGACGCCGCCGGCGGUCGAAGAUAUAAUGGUGGUAGUCAACUCACGCCUGGUAGGGAAUAUGGGCAGCAACCUCCCCAAGUCCAGCCGCCCGUUGGUUUCAAGUAUGAUCAAUACCAGGGCGGCUUGAGUGCGCAUUCAUCACAACAAAGCGCAACCUCGCCCAUCAACACCCCGCAGUUACGCGAUGGAAACGGCGACGUUCCUAUGCAGGACGCCCAUGACCCUUAUAGCGCUAUGAAAUACCCCAUGCGCCCUCAUCACCAGUCGCACAUUUCCGGCGGCCGCGCUGCGGGCCUUCACUCACCUUCCGAACCAUCGGCCGCUGCCCAACGAUAUUCGCCUAUGGAAGUACUGUCACCAGCAUCCUCAUAUGGAUCCAAGUCGGCGGCGAAUCAGGCCCAAUUUGCAGCAGCGCUCAGUCAACGCCAAUCGCCUACUAGAGCGGACUACCCGUCUCAGAGCCCUUACUACGGCCGACAAACCUCGCAGCUCCCUCCCAUUACGCCCUACGUCAAUUCUCAGGAAAACUACCCUUCUUCUGCCGUGACUCCAUUGGACGGAACCUAUGCUAAUGACCCCAAAUCACCUCGGAGGACGCUUCAACCUACUGUGAACAUACCUGUUGAGAAAAAGCCAGUGCCUCAAUUUAAGAAGCUCGGGGCUGUAACGGAUUUACGGCCUAAGGUCAAUUCCCAGCCGGCGUUCCGUCGCGCAAACCCAGAAGGAGGUUUCAUAAGUCCACUUCAAGCCCUCACGGUUCAUUUGCCUGCGACAUAUCGCAUAUGCAACCCCAACUUCAAAUACGAGUCCUCCCGCAAUCCUCGUCGGGUGCUGACUAAACCAAGCAAAGGGACUAAGAAUGAUGGGUACGACAAUGACGAUAGCGACUAUAUCUUAUACGUCAACGACAUUCUUGGCUCGGAAGAAGCUGGACAUAAGAAUCGAUAUCUCAUUUUGGAUGUUCUUGGACAAGGCACCUUUGGCCAGGUCGUCAAGUGCCAAAACUUGAAAACUCAGGAGGUCGUCGCCGUCAAGGUCAUCAAAAACAGGACGGCGUACUUCAACCAAAGCAUGAUGGAAGUUUCUGUACUGGACUUGUUAAAUACGAAACUUGACAAGAACGAUGACCAUCAUUUAUUGCGUCUUAAAGACACGUUUAUCCACCGACAGCAUCUUUGCUUAGUAUUCGAACUUUUGAGUGUAAAUCUUUACGAGCUCAUUAAACAGAACCAGUUCCGAGGUCUCAGUACGACACUCGUGCGAGUUUUUGCACAGCAGCUCCUCAAUGGCCUUGCUCUUCUCAACAAGGCGCGACUAAUACAUUGCGACUUGAAACCCGAGAACAUAUUGCUCAAGAACCUUGAGAGCCCGAUCAUCAAGAUUAUCGAUUUUGGCUCGGCUUGUGAUGAGCGGCAGACGGUGUACACGUACAUCCAGUCUCGAUUCUAUCGGUCACCCGAAGUAUUAUUAGGUCUUCCAUAUUCUUCGGCAAUCGACAUGUGGUCCCUCGGCUGUAUCGUAGUCGAGCUCUUCCUGGGAUUGCCACUGUUCCCCGGUUCAUCCGAGUACAACCAGGUUUCAAGAAUAGUCGAAAUGCUCGGUAACCCACCGAACUGGAUGAUCGAAGUUGGCAAGCAAGCUGGCGAUUUCUUCGAAAAGAGGCAAGACGAGUUCGGCCGCAAAACGUAUCAUCUCAAGAGCAUGGAACAGUACUCGCGUGAGCGCGGAACGAAAGAACAACCUAGUAAGAAGUACUUUCAAGCGAGUACGCUUCCGGAGAUUAUCAAGUCAUACCCGAUGCCACGGAAGAAUAUGAAGCAGAGCGAGAUUGAUCGAGAAAUGAAUAAUCGUAUUGCGUUCAUCGAUUUCGUGCGAGGUUUGUUAACCAUCAGUCCCCUGGAGAGAUGGUCUCCACAACAGGCGAAGCUCCAUCCGUUUAUCACGCAACAAAAGUAUACCGGUCCUUUCGUGCCGCCGAUGAAUUUGAAAGCUAGCUCCCUCAACCGGUCUCCGGCACCCGGAACUCAGCAGCAACAGCAAGCUGCCGAACUCAGCAAGCAAAGAGCACAGCAAGCGCAGGCUCAAGCGCAAGCAGCCGCUCAAGGAGCCUACGGGAUGCAGGCGACUCAAUACCCUCCUGCCCCACAUGCACAAGCCUCACUGUACCAGGGCAAUGGCAUAUACACUCCUGGAGGUAGCCAUGCCGGUGCGCCGCCGCCAUACGCUGCUCAGCAAUCACCCUACGGUCAGAUGGUUAUAAAUCAAGCACCUGCGCAGAUGCCACCUACGAGUUACGGAGCCGUCCCGCAACCGAACCUAUACCAGCAAGCUACGGUUCGGGCGGGUCGUCAACGUGCAUCGACUAUGGAUCAACAGCAGAGUGGUAUACCUGCGGCUAUACAGAGAGUAGCCAGCCACCUUGAUCCGAGCCAACCCAUUAGACUGCAACCAAGCCCGGCAUACUAUCCUCCUCCUGCUGACGGUAUGGGCCUAACAGAUCCUGGAGCAGGUAGAGUGGCUGGGAGGAGAGACAGCAGGGCUCAGAGAGGAGGUACCAGGGGUAAUCGGGACUUCAUCCGCAACUUGGAAGAGAGGACACUCGAAGAAGGAUUCAUGGGAGGCAACGGUCAAAAUCAAAACCCGUGGGCAUGAUAGAGGAUGUCGUAUGCGAAAGCAUCUUGGGAAUAGCGGUCCGCAUGUAUCGGGCUCAGCUCGAGGUCAGCUUCUAGCUGGAUGAUGAUUC